CCCAGCCGUGAAACUUCGGUACGGCGGCCGGCAAGGCGGUUGGAGUUUUGCGUUUUCCCCCCUUCGUGCUUGAAUGAGGGAGGGCGAGAGGGCCCUCCAUGGCUUCCGAGCAGCCCGAGAGUCGCGCCGCUGAAGGUGGAGAAGAGGAGGAGGACUUCGGUUAUGACCUGUUCCCGGAGCGACGGCGUUCAGAAGGGAAGCAAAAGCGGUCCUUUGUCUAUGGCGGGUUCCUCACCAACAAGAAAUGCCAAGCGAUGCUGCAUAUCGCCCUGGCCACCAAUCCCUAUGCUAAAGUACUUCUUGAUGCUAUGAAGAAUUCUGGCUGCACUGUUUACAGAGACAGACACUUCUCAUGUGAAGACUGUGAUGGGUGUGUCAGCGGGGGAUUUGAUUCUUCAACCUCCCAGAUUGUUUUAUGCCAAAACAAUAUUCACCAGCAAGCUCAUAUGAAUAGAGUGGUGAUACAUGAACUUAUCCAUGCUUUUGAUCAUUGUCGUGCACAGGUAGACUGGUUCAAUAAUGUCAGGCACUUGGCUUGUUCAGAGAUUCGAGCUGCUAACCUCAGUGGAGACUGUUCCCUCUUAAAUGAAAUUGGCCGGUUUAAAUUUGGGUUGAAGCAGCAUCAUCAAGUCUGUGUAAGAGACAGAGCCAUUCGCUCCAUCUUGGCUGUCAGAAAAGUCAGUAAAGAGAUGGCAGAAAAGGCUGUGGAUGAAGUCUUUGACUCCUGUUUCAAUGAUCAGGAACCUUUUGGCAGAGUGCCUUACAGCCGGUCUGAUGCAAAACGUGUAUAUCAAGAUUUUCAGAACCGUGACCGAUACUACGCAAAUUUGUAGAUAAAUCUCUUAAUCUCUAGCUAUAGCAUUUGCAGACAGUUUUGCAAAAGAUGAUCUGUGAAGAUAAAUGGGGUAAAGGAAUACCCAUGUUGUGAAAGCCCUGUUCUCUUGUUCAUUCAGCACAAAGAAUUGACUUGGAAGUGAUCACUUUCAGUGAACAUUUAAAUGCAUAUGUGACUAUUUUCCAGCUAAUUCAUUUUGCAAAAGUUUUGUUUUUUUAUCCUCGGUUGAAUAAAUCCCAUUUUGUCAACAGUUUA